AUGGGCCUGCUGGGAGUAAUGGGCAAGGUGAAAAAGGCCAGUUACACACUAGAAGCCUAUCUCGUGUUCUCAUCAAGCUUGUCUGCAGCCCAUCGUAGAGAUCAUCACCAUAAGUUCAUACAAGAGCAGAGAAAACUCCCACUGCAUCAUGGGAGAGGUUAUAGCUGGUUCGGAGAUGUGACAUGCUGUAAUACACAGGAGACGAGAUGUACGGUCUCUCACAAGGUGAUCUCGGCGCUGUCCAAAGUUUCCUAUCAUGGCAUUGCACAAUCCAAGGGAUACAGGCCCUUCCCCUCCGAGGACACGGCAGAAAACGAUGACGACAUAUACCGAAGUUUGGAGGAACUGGCAGAUGAACAUGACUUGGGUGAGAACGACACUUAUGAUGUACCUUGUGAGGAGGAUGACAUUUACGAAGACAUCAUCAAGGUGGAGAACCAACAACCGAUGAUAAGGUAUAUGCAGAAACUGGGGAUGACAGAAGACGAUAAGAGGAAUUGCUGCUUGUUGGAAAUUCGUGACACAGAGGACAAAUAUUACAAGACGUUGGAAGACAUCAGAAUGAAUUACAUGGUACCCCUAAAGCAGCUCCUUACACCUGCUGAGACUGCUGUCAUUUUCAUUAAUUUGGAGGACCUCAUAAAAGUCCACUUCAAUUUCCUGAGAACAAUUGAAAUGUCCAUCAUGUCUGGCGGCAGCACCAUCGGCCAGGUCUUCCUAGACUACAAGGAGAA